AUGGCGCUGUCUUCACGCUUAAAACUGUGGGAGCAGAAGGGAGGUAUAAAGGAGGAGAAGGCGGCGCCGGUCGUGGCCGAGCCCCCCGCCCCCCUGUCGGCGCUGCCCGGCGGAUUCCUCAAGCAGCUGGUGCGAGACUCGGAGAAGGAGACCAAACAGAAGGAGCCGGAGGCCAAGGAGGAGAAGCCGCCCAACAAGCUGAGUGACGACCUGGUGCAGCAGUUCCUCCUCCCGGAUCAGACUCCUCCCAUCCUCGAGGCGGAGAUGUCCCUCCGGGCCGAGCAGCUCCUCAACGACAGCCGGUCCUCGACCCAGAGGCCCGUCUACUCCCCGGAGACAGGAAACGGGCCGGAGACCAGACAGGAAGUGACACCGAAGACCAGACAGGAAGAAGUGGCACCAAAGACCAGACAGGAAGUGGCACCGGACGUGAAGAUGGAGUGGAGCAAGAAGAAGAAGCAGCAGGAGGAGAAGGAGAGGAAAGAGGAGGGGAUGGAGGAGAGGCAGGAGCCGGAGGGGAGGCAAGCAGACACGAGUGUGACGGAGGUUCGUCUGCCCGCUGUGAGAGAUGUUUGGUAUGAAGCCGGAACUGUGUGGUUCGUCCACAAGGAGGGUUUCACCCUGGCCACUCAGCUGAAGCCGGAUGAAGGAACACCUGAACUCCCAGAAGGCCGAGUGAGAGUCCGCCUGCAGACGGACGGGUCGCUGCACGAUGUGACGGAGUACGAGAUCGAGAAGUGCAACCCGGCGGAGCUGGACCUGUGCGAGGACCUGAGCGACCUGCAGAGCGUCAACGAGUGCGGCGUCCUGCACAACCUGAUCAGUCGAGCCAAAGCCAACAUGCCGCUGACGCAUGCGGGACCCAACCUGGUCAACCUGUGGCCCCCGCUGCAGGCUCACAGCAAGACCCCGAAGUCUCGGCGAGGGGAGUCGGUGUGGGAUGCCCCCCCCGCGCUGUCUGCUCUGGUCAAGCGGGUGUACGUCUCCAUGGUGGGCACCAGGAGGGACCACAGUAUUUGUGCGGUGGGGCGCAGCGGGACCGGCAAGACCACCGCGAGCCAGGCCUUCACACUCGCUCUCCUCCAGCAGGCCGGUGCAACGGGCGGGAAGAUCAGCAGCGAGCGUGUUCAGGCCAUGUUCACCGUCCUGAGGUCCUUCGGCUGCGUGAGCUCGCCUCACAGUGACGCUUCGUCUCGAUUCGCCUCCGUCUUCUCUCUGGACUUUAACCACGCUGGACGGGCCGCCGCCGGACACCUGCAGACGAUGAUGUUGGACAAAUGGAAAGUGUGUCACAAAACUCACGGAGAAAGCAACUUCCUGGUUUUCGCUCAGAUGCUGGCGGGAGUCAGCACAGAGAUGAGGACCGAGCUGCAGCUGCAUCAGCUUCCUGAGUCCAACUCUUUUGGGAUUGUUCCUCCCACCAAGGUUGAGGAGAAACAGCGUGCGUCCGUCGCAUUCGCCAAGCUGCUGGCGGCCAUGGAAACGCUGAGCUUCUCAGCCGGCGAGCAGAAGGCGAUAUGGCACGUUCUGGCUGGUAUUUACCAUCUGGGAGCCGCCGGGGCCUGCAAAGUGGGCAGGAGGCAGUUCGUGAGCUUCGACAGCGCUCAGGUGGCCGGCGGCGUCCUCGGCUGCGACGGAGAAGAUCUUCACACCGCCGUCUUUAAACAUCACCUCAGAGAGCUGCUGCAGAAAGCCACCGGGGGCAGCAGAGGGAGGAGCACCGAGUUGGAGGAGGGUCCCAGACUGACAGCGGCUCAGUGUGUUGAAGGGAUGGCUGCUGGACUCUAUGAAGAGCUCUUCACCUCCAUCGUGUCUCUCAUCAACAGGGCUCUGAGCAGCCCUCAGCUGACGCUGGCCUCGGUGAUGGUGGUGGACGCGCCGGGCCUCAGGAACCCGAGGCACUCGGCGGAGGAGCGCGCCGCCGGCUGGUCCGAGCUCUGCCACAACUACCUGCAGGAGCGCCUGCUGGAGCAGUACCACACACACACCUUCACACACACGCGGGAGCGAUACACACAGGAGAAGAUCCCGGUGGAGGUGGAGAGUCCGGAGAACAGUCCAGCUGAUGUGGUGUCUGCUAUCGACCAGCCGCCUCCACAGGUCCGGGCGACAGAUGGAGACCCCAGAGGUCUGCUGUGGGUUCUGGAUGAGGAGCUGAUGACACCAGCCUCCAGUGAGAACAGCACCCUGGAGAGAGUCUGCCAGUAUUACAGCAACACUGUGCGUCAGUGCGAGCAGCCGCUGCAGUGUGAGGUGAACCACCUGAUGGGCUGCGACCCGGUCCGCUACGACCUGAGCGGGUGGACCGGUCUGAUCCAGAACAACCCGUCAGCUCUGAACGCCACCUGUGUGCUGCAGAGCUCCACCAUAGCGGAGGUGAAGGCCAUGUUCACCCCCAAGAUCUCUCUGCCCCCCCUGUGUCGGGGUCUGGGGGGUCUGGAGGGCGGCAGCCAGCGCUCCCUGCAGAGGAACGGCACCAUCCGGAAAACCUUCAGCGGAGGGAUGGCGGCCGUACGCCGACUCUCGCAGUGCAUCGCAGUGAAACUACAGGCAGACGCCCUGGUGAACCUCACCCGGCGAGCCCGGCCCGUGUUCCUGCAGUGCGUGAGCGCCAAGACGCGCGGCGGAGGGCUCGACGUGGCGGCGCUCAGAGUCCAGCUGCACUCCACUCAGAUCCUGUCGGCUCUGCAGCUCCACCGCACAGGUUAUCCAGAACACAUGACUCUGAGUGACUUCCGGUGUCACUUCCAGGCGUUGUCGCCUCCCAUCAUGAAGCGCUACGCUUCCAUGUUCAUCAGCCACGACGAGCGAAAGGCGGUGGAGGAGCUGCUGGUCGAGUUGGAUCUGGACAGGAAGAGCAUCGCCGUGGGCGCCAGCAGGGUUUUCAUGAAGCGAGGCGUGCUGCGCUACCUGGAGCAGCAGAGGGACCAGCAGGUCACCGGCUGGUUGGUCCAGCUGCAGGCCUCCUGCAUGGCUCAUCUGGCCCGCCAGAAGUACCGCAGACUCAAGGUGCAGCAGAUGGCGGUCAGCUGUCUGCAGAGGAACCUUCGGGCUCUCUGGGUCGUGUCCAAGUGGAGCUGGUGGAAACUUUUCUGCAGAGUUCGUCCUCAGCUCGACGUCAACAUGGACAACGAACGUCUCCGGGAUAAAGAGGAUGAGAUAUCGGCUCUGAGACGACGCCUGGAGAAAUCAGAGAGGGAGAGGAAUGAUCUGAGGCAGACUGCAGACGGCCUGGAGACCAAGGUUACGGCCGUGACCUCUGAGCUCAGCGAUGAGCGUUUCCGUGGCGAUGCGGUGGGUCAGGCUCUGGAUGUGGAGAGGGCCGAGAGGAUCCGGCUCGGCAGGGAGAACAAAGACCUGCAGGCUCGUCUAGACCAGUGUAAAGCCACCAUGGAAGCCCUGGAGAAGCAGCUGGAGGAGGAGAAACAGAAAGCUCAGAUGGCGGAGAGUCAGAGAGGACCGGCCUCAGACGGCGAGCUGGCCGUGCAGCUGGAGGGAUGCCAGACGGAGGUGCAGUUCGUCCGCAGACGCCUGAAGCAGACGGAAGAAAAACUGGAGACGGAGAGACAGAGCCGGCAGCAGCUCGACGCCAAGGUGGCCGCUCUGCAGGCCCAGCUGGAGCAGUCCAGGCGAAGCGUCACGGAGCUGAAGCGUCACUGUCGCCGCGUGACCUCUGACCUCCAGGACGCCCGCGUGCUCGCCGACAGCCUGCAGAGCCGCAUGCACGAUCUGGACCGCAAACAGAGGAGGUUCGACAGCGAGCUGACUCGAGCUCUGGAGCAAGCCGACAGCGAGAGAGAGCAGAAGGACAAAUCCUCCCAGGAGAGCUCGGCUCUGGGAGCUGAAAUCUACGGACUGCGGCGCAACCUGCAGGAGAGCCAGUCAGAGGUGGGCCGUCUGCAGAAGCAGAAGGACGAGCUGUGCGCUCAGAUCCGUGACCUCAGCCUGCCGGUCGACCUUGCCUCUGAUUCGCUGCCCGACCUCAAGAGGCAGCUCCGCCUCCUGGAGGGCGUGGCCGGAGAGAGAGAGCAGGAAGUCGCCGGGUUGACCGGAACGAUCCAGCAGCAGCAGCAGAUCCACAUGCGCUUUGAGAUGGAGAUGGAGAGGAUGAAGCAGAUGCAGCAGAAAGAGUUGGAGGACAAAGAAGAGGAGCUGGAGGACGUUCACAAGUCCUCUCAGAGACGACUGAAGCAGUUGGAGAUGCAGUUGGAGCAGGAGUACGAGGAGAAGCAGAUGGUGAUUCAUGAGAAGCACGACUUGGAAGGACUCAUAGCAACUCUGUGUGACCAGGUCGGCCACAGAGACUUCGACGUGGAGAAGAAGCUGAAGAGAGACCUGAAGAGGACUCACGCCCUGCUGGCCGACGCCCAGCUGCUCCUCUCCACCGUGGACAGCCCGGGGCAGCACCUCCCCACCGGCAGCAGGGAGCAGAUCGAGCGCCUGCACUGCCAGCUGGAGGAGGGCGACGCCAGGCGGCUGGAGGUGGAGAGCCUUCUGGAUACUCUCUCUCAGGAGCUGGAGAACUCUCAGAUUGAGCUGGAAGACAUCUGCAAGCUGAAGAGUGUGGUGGACGAGCAGCUGGCCCUGCUGCAGCGGGAGAAGGUGGACCUGCUGAAGAGGCUGGAGGAGGACCAGGAGGACCUCAACGAGCUCAUGAAGAAGCACAAGGCGCUCAUCGCUCAGUCGUCCAGCGACAUCUCUCAGAUCAGAGAGCUGCAGGCGGAGCUGGAGGAGGUCAAGAAGCAGAGGCAGUCUCUGCAGGAGGAGCUCCAGCAGAGCGUGUCGAGGGUGCAGUUCCUGGAGGCGUCCACCGUGGGGCGCAGCAUUGUCAGCAAACAGGAGGCCCGCGUGUGCGACCUGGAAAACAAGCUGGAGUUUCAGAGGGGGCAAGUCAAGAGGUUUGAGGUGCUGGUGUUGCGUUUGAGGGACAGCGUGGUUCGCCUGGGGGAGGAGCUUGAGCAGAGCGCCCAGGCCGAGGCCCGGGAGAAGGAGAACGCCCGCUACUACCUGCAGCGUCUGCAGGACAUGAGGCUGGAGAUGGAGGAUCUGGUCCAGAGGGAGCAGGACAGCAGCCGCAGGCGCAUGGAACUGGACAUGCAGGUGGAGGAGCUCAACGCCGUCAGACAGGCGUUGCAGGCCGACCUGGAGACGUCCAUCCGCCGCAUCGUGGACCUGCAGGCCGCCCUGGAGGAGGUGGAGUCCAGCGACGAGAGCGACUCUGAAAGCGCUCAAACUGCUGCGGAGUCCUUGACUCGAAAGAAAGAGCUUGACUCGGUGUCCAGCGUUGGCUCCAUCGGGACGGAGGAUGUAGGAGAGGGGAUCCGUCAUUGGCUGGGAGUGCCCAGAGGAGGGUCCCGCGGUGGGGGCUCCUCGUAUGGCAGCAGUACCAUCAGCAGCCAAGGGGGGCGCCAGUCUGCCGCUGACACCACGAGCACCUACAGCUUCCGCUCUUGCGUGGACCCCGAUGGCGAGGGCUCUGAGACCGGCGGGCCGAGUCCCAGAGGUCUCAGUCGAGCCCCGUCCUCCUCCGCUCUGUCCGAGCUGCUGGACGGACUCCGUAAACGGCGAGCUGGCGGCGACGCGGGCGAAGGCGGCGCCGUCUCCCUGCCGGUUUACCAAACGACCGCGGCCUCGACCCUCAGACGGAGAGCCUCGGCCCUCGGGCCCGGCGACCUCCGGGAGCCCCGGCCCGCCCAGGGCAUCCUCAAACCGCCGUCCCCGCUCUUGGCUCGCGCCGCCAGCGCCCGCUCCGUCGGAGACGCUCAGACGGCCGCCGCCAAACUCUCUCGCUUCAACUCGAGCGACUCCCUCUCCUCGGUUCCCUCGCUGCCUCGCCUCUCCUCCUUGACGUCGCCCCCCACCGCUCGCCACCGGCCUCCCUCCCUGUGCAUCCCGGAAGAGGACCCGGACGAACGCCUGCUCUCCCGGACGACCCUCGUGCAGCGCUCCCCGCAGGCACUGAGGCGGUGCAUGCUGGGUAGCCUCGCUGCAGAGGACGGAGGCGAAGGCUCUCUGGGUUCAGAACCCAUGGUCUUCCAAAACCGCCGCCUGAUUGAGGACCGGGACGACGCGGCCUCCGACAUCCUGCCCGCCAUCCGCAGAGCUCAGUCCACCAGCAGCCUGGCCGGCUCCGUGAGAGGCGGCCGGAGGGCGCUGAGCGUCCACUUUGGGGAGCUGCCUCCGAGCCGCGGCGGCAGGAAGAGCUCCGAGACCGAGUCCUCCAGCUCCGGUGGUUCUGGGGGGAGUUCCCAGGGAGGCGGGUCCAGACGCAGGUUGGAGAGGCCGCGGGGAGAAAGACUGGAGGCCGAGGGCAGCGAGGCGGAUGACGUGGCUUCAGUCAUGAAGAGAUACCUGAAGAAGGAGACCGACUGAGAACGGAUGAGCAUCGCUGUGUCCUGCUGCGAGCUUCAGACUGAAGGAGCUGCAAAGAAAACACUUCUCAAAAAGGAACUUUUUAUUU